AUGCUUUCUAUCAAACGCACUUUGCUGCUCCUUGGAGCUGUCCUGCCAGCCGUGUUUGGCGCGCCUGUCCAGGAAACUCGCCGUGCUGCUCAGAAGAUUCCUGGCAAGUACAUCGUGACCUUCAAGCCGGGCACCGAUGCAGCUACCAUUGAGUCUCACACUCUUUGGGCCACUGAUCUCCACAAACGCAACCUGGAGCGUCGUGAUGCCACCAGCGGCGAACCUCCCAUCGGUAUCGAGAAGAACUACAAGAUCAAGGAUUUCGCCGCCUACGCCGGCUCCUUCGAUGACACUACCAUCGAGGAAAUCCGCAAGAGCGCAGAUGUUGCCCAUGUUGAGGAGGACCAAAUCUGGUACAUUGACGCCUUGACCACUCAAAAGGGCGCCCCAUGGGGUCUGGGCAGCAUUUCCCACAAGGGACAAGCAAGCACCGACUACAUCUACGACACCAGCGCUGGCGCUGGCACCUACGCCUACGUUGUCGACACUGGCAUCAAUGUCAACCACGUCGAGUUCGAGGGCCGCGCAUCGCUGGCAUACAACGCCGCUGGUGGCAGCCAUGUUGACAGCGUCGGCCACGGAACGCACGUUGCUGGUACCAUUGGCGGCAAGACCUACGGAGUGGCCAAGAAGACCAACCUUCUGUCCGUCAAGGUCUUCCAGGGCGAGUCCUCUAGCACCUCCAUCAUUCUUGACGGUUUCAACUGGGCUGCCAACGACAUUGUGAGCAAGGGUCGUACUAGGAAGGCUGCGAUCAACAUGAGUCUUGGCGGUGGUUACUCUUAUGCCUUCAACAACGCUGUUGAGAACGCUUUCGACGAAGGUGUCCUUUCUGUCGUCGCUGCUGGAAACGAGAACACUGAUGCCUCGAAUACUAGCCCUGCUUCCGCUCCUAACGCUUUGACUGUUGCUGCGAUCAACAGGAGCAACGCCCGCGCCUCCUUCUCCAACUAUGGCUCCGUUGUCGACAUCUUCGCUCCCGGUCAGGAUAUCCUUUCCGCCUGGAUUGGCUCCAACACUGCCACCAACACCAUCUCUGGUACUUCCAUGGCCACCCCUCACAUUGUUGGCCUGUCCGUUUACUUGAUGGGUCUCGAGAGCCUCUCUGGCCCUGCUGCCGUGACCUCUCGCAUCAAGCAGCUGGCCACCAAUGGUGUUGUCACCAACGCUCAGGGCAGCCCCAACAAGCUUGCUUACAAUGGCAAUGCUUAA